AUGUAUCUAUUUCUUUAUUGCAUUCUAAAUAUUUCAAGUGCUAUAUAGACAUUAAGAUAAGUUUAGGAUUAAAACGCUUUAUGUUUAGAUGGUACAAGAGCUGUAAAAACAUUUUUUAUAAUAGAGUUAUUAUUUUGAGUAAGGAAAUGGAGAUGGAGCAGAUAAAUAUUUAAUAUUUUUUGAAGGUGGAGGAUGGAUUUAAGGAUUUGAUGAAGCAGAAAUGUUAUAAUAGGCUUAUGAUCGUUCAAAUACAAAUAUGGGUAGUUCAAAGUUUUAGGCAACAACAACUUAAAUGGAUGGAUUAUUUAAUAGGAAUUAAAAUGUGAAUCCUUAUUUUUAUAAUUGGAAUACAAUAUUUGUAAAUUAUUGUGAUGGAACAGGACAUUAAGGUUAUAGAAGUUAGCCUUUAUAAAUAAAAGAUAAGACUAUAUAUAUAAGAGGAGAAUUAAUAUUUAAAUCAAUAUUUUCAGAGCAUUUGAUAAAGUUAUCUUAGGCAAAUAAAAUAGUUGUUUCUGGUUGUUCAGCAGGAGGAUUAGCUGUAUUUAGUUGGAUUCAAUAUAUAAGAGAUCGUUUGCCUUUGAAUGUUUAAAUUUUGGGAGCUCCUGAUUCAGGUAUAUUUUUAGAUUUGUAACCAUAUGAUGGUGCCUAAGCAGCAAGUGAUAGAAGAUAAAAAUAAUAUCAUAAAUUAGCAAAUGAAGAAGUAGAUCCUAUAAAUGAAUAAUGUGUGAAAAAUUAUCCAAAUGAAAAAUGGAAAUGUCAUUUUGCAUAGUAUUUACUAUAAUUUAUUAAUGUACCAAUUUUUUUUAUGCAAUCCUUAUAUGAUACAGCAUGCAUUCCAAAUAUAUUACAUAUAUAUAAUGCUUGGGAUUAUACUCUUACAAGAUGUGAUUAUAAAGAGAGAACUUGUAUAGAAGCUAUGAGAAAAUAAAUUAUAAAUCUUAUAAAUGAUAGAAAGUUAUCAGAUCCUAAAACAGGUUCAUUUGGUGUUGCUUGUCUUGAACAUUGGUAUUAAAUUUAGUAAUUAAAUAGUUUUACAUAAAAAAAAAUAUUUUAUACAUCAAAUUGGGCAAUACCAAAUGAUUCUUAAUGGACUAUAGCUAAUUCUUUAGGAUAUUGGAUAUAAAACCAAGAGUAGAAUAAUAUGCAUAUUGAUAAUGUAUAUUGGCCAGACAAUAAGGGAUGUUCAAAUAUUUGAUUAUUU